UGAGUCGUUGUUGUUGUUGUUUGUCGGUGCCUGGCAUCAGCUGUGUCUCCCGGAAAAUAUAUAUUUCAACACCAUGGAAAACGUAUCGAAGAUCUGGUUGGGACCGCUGCCCGCUGACUCCCCCUAUGUGAAGCCAUUUCGCAUGUACUACAUCCAGAAUGGCGUCGAGAAGAACUGGGACCUGCUCAAGGUGCACGACAGCGUGGCCAUCAUUUUGUACAACACAACGCGACAGAAGCUGGUGCUGGUGCGUCAGUUCCGGCCGGCGGUGUAUCACGGCGUAAUCACUAGUGAGCAGGGGAACUUUGAUAAUGUCGACCUCCAGUCAUUUCCGCCCUCAAUCGGUGUGACCUUGGAGCUGUGCGCUGGUAUUGUGGACAAGUCGAAGAGCUGGGUGGAAAUUGCACGUGAGGAGGUUCUCGAGGAGUGCGGCUACGAUGUGCCAGUGGAGCGCAUCGAAGAAGUCAUGGUAUAUAGAUCUGGUGUGGGCUCCUCGGGUGCCAAACAGGCCAUGUACUACUGCGAAGUAAGCGAUGCCGACAAGGCCAACAGCGGCGGCGGUGUGGACGAUGAAAUAAUAGAGGUCGUGGAGCUGUCCCUGGACGAGGCCAAGCGCAUGCUGCAGAAGGGAGCCGUGAACAACAGUCCGCCCAGCUGCCUGAUGGGCCUUUUAUGGUACUUUGCCAACAAGGCACCCGCUGCGGUAUAGAUAAACAUCCCCCACUGUUGACUCUGCUGGGGAGAUAAGUCGGCCGUGUCUCGGUGAUAAGAUGUGAGCACUAGACGCCUGCCUUACAAUACGUAUACACACACACUUCAAAUGCUUUCCAAUUGAAUCAUGUGAAUGAAUGAAUGCGCCCAGCGCCCAAGUAAAUCCCAAAAUUCAAUGCCCCACGAGGCUAUGUAAA